UGUGGCCUACCAGAGAAUUUCCCGGCAUAUCACUCACAAAUGUCGCCUUCUCUUUAUUUCCCGCGAUUUUCUCCCUUCGUUCAACCUUAAAUCACGUUAUCGCGCGCCAUAUUUCCAAACCACCGCAGAAGCAGCACCCCGCCUCAAAACCCUAGAUCCGCGUCGCAGCGCGCUCACCGGAGAAAUGCCGCCACCGAGUCGCCCUCGCAAGAGGAGCCGGGGCGGCCGGGCCACCGAGGCCGCUGCGGCGGAGGCGGACGCCCUGAUGUCCCUGCCCAGGGACGUCCUCGACGAAAUCCUCACCCGCCUCGGCAUCCUCGACGCCGUCCGCACGUCGGCGCUCUCGCGCGCCUGGCGCCGCCGAUGGGAGGCCCUCCCGUCCCUCGACCUCUCCUUUCCAGGCCGCCUCGAGGACGACAAGGGCGCGCCCAAGGGCCUGGGGGGCGUCGAUAGCAUCCUCCUCCGCUGGCCCGGCCGCGUCCGGCUCUUCCGCGCGGCGGGCAUCGACGAGCACUACGCAGGCCGCGUCCACGACUGGCUCCACGUCCUCGCCCGCCGAGCAGUUGAGAUCCUCGACCUCGACUUCGACAGAGGCUUCCCAGCCCUCCCCACCUCCGUAUUCUCCUGCCGCCGGCUCACCUCUCUCAGUUUGUUCGGCUGCGCCAUCCCGCUCCUACCCCCAGGCGUCGUGGCCUUUCCCGAGCUAACGAAACUCAGCCUCGUAAACGUCCGGUUACCGGACUACGGCGAGUACCUCCUUGAGGAGAUCAUUGAUGCAUCCCCGUUGCUCGAUUUUCUAGUACUUACCGAUGUUUCCUUUGGUGGCGACUACAUCAGAGAAUGGGUGAUUCAGGCGCCCAAUCUCACGCACUUGACGAUUUCUUCUGAAAUCAAUUAUGGCUGGGUCCUUGAGGAGUUGACAUCCCUGCGUUCUGCCGUCAUCGACCUGUGGGACUUCGUUGUUGACAGCAAAUUCGCUAAGUUUCUUUUAGGGGUUGUUCAAGUUAGGAAGCUUCUCGUUGUCACGUGCAAUGCAACGUCAGGAGCUAUGAUACCAGAGAUACAUCUGUGCACCUUUCAUAACUUAAAGAGCUUGAAGUUGUAUAUGCACUUCUGUGACCAGCCCCCUAUUAUGUUAGCCUUCUGCUUGCUAAAGAGUUCCCCAAAUCUUGAAAAACUCAAAAUUGAGAUCUAUUAUGAUGAGGAGCAGAUAUUUGAGGCGGAUAAAGAGUUCCAAAAUGCAUUAUGGACUGAUGGCAUGUGUGCCAACCUUCAGGCUGUGCAGAUGACUGGUAUUAAUUGGCGUCGAAAUGAAAUGGUCUUUAUAGAGCUCAUUCUCUCUAAAGCAAAGCUUCUUCAUACAUUAUCUAUUAGUCAUGGUGAGAAAAUUGUGAUGCCUAGUGAGGAUGCUCUAAAUGAACUACUAAGAUAUAAAAGAGCUUCAGCUGAAGCUCAGGUCCUAUUUAAAGGUAAAGCUGAGGAGUAUUAUUAGGUCAGGGGUCAACUUCUGGGCAUUGCGGGAGACAUCGAGACAAGUCAGAUCUAUGGUCUGAUUCAGUAUUCUGGAUUAGAAAUGUAGCAUUCAGAGAAUGGCUAUUCGAAGGAACUACUAGCAUUUUGCACUCUGUUCUUUUCUGAAAGAAAUUGGCAUGCCACUUGUGCUUCAGUCAGAAUCAGCGAUGAAGAUUACUACAGUAGCACACUUUCUUGUCCAGCACUCUAGUUAAAUGUAGCACACUUUCUUGUCCAGCACUCUAGUUAAAUAUUCUUACUGAGUGUACAUGUUAGGCUGACGAGAAACAGAGGAGUUUUAUCGACCAGUACGUAGAUAAACUUGUCCAUGUUCUCGUAGCUAUUUGUGGACGAAAAGAAUACCCUUAAGAAGCCAAGGAUCAGAUCAGAACAACGGUACUGAUUGUUUGCUGGUUCGGCAGAAAGAAGCUACUCAUGAGAACAUAUUACG